AUGGACGGCUGUCUUGCACUCACGAAGGAUGGCACUACUUGUGACUAUAUUAAUGAUCUGGACAGUUCUGCUAUUGGAUCGACGACUGCUGAUAGUGUUGUUCUGGUGGGAAGGGCGAUUCCUGCUAUUGAUGCAGGUGGCCAAUCUGGUAUCUCGACAAGUCGACCGCCUGCGCCGCCGACUUCUGUCUCUUCGAGGGCUGUGUCUGCUACCAACAAUGCGUCACCGCCGACUAUCACGCCAGGUCUACCGAUCGUAAGCGAUCUUGUACCUGUCGUCAGCUCCCUUCUGAGCGGCGUCGGAUCUGGACUGAGCUCAGUAUUGGGCGACACCGGCAACAUCGUCAGCUCGCUCGGAGCCGGUGUAGGAGGCGCCGUGAGCUCCAUUGGCGCUGGAGUGGGAGGUGCUGUAAGCCCCGUUGGCGCUGGAGUGGGAGGUGCUGUGAGCUCCAUUGGCGCCGGAGUAGGAGGCGCCGUACCCUGCCUCAUCGGUGCUGUUGGAGGCCUUCUUGGUGCCGGAGGAGUAUGUGUCCCGACAACAACAACGGCACCCACGACACAAUCCACUCCACGCUCGGGCGCCAACGGCGCAGGAUCAGGUGCCGCUACAUCAAGCUCCCGGUCCAUGAUCACCACUGUGGUACCCGUGACCACCAUCAUCACGACCACAACAAUCACCGCUUGCAGCACUGGGCUCAUGGAUGGUGUGGUGUGUCCGGUGGUCAGCAUGACGAGUGAGGUUGUUGGCGAGAGGACGACGGUCAUCGCGGCGCCGACGCCGACUCAAUCAACUCUGUCAACCUUGACGAGGCCGUCCAGUAGCUCAAGUUCCAGCUCUACGAGAGCGGCAGUGAGUCCCACGGCGACGUGUCUUUUGACGAACACACCAAUACUGGGUACCCUCGGCUUGUAA